AUUCCAAACUGUCAUUUUGAAUAUUCAACAAUGAAACAACAUUUUCAUUAAACAACUGCCACUUUUGUUAUUAAAAUCGGAACACCUUUGAAAUUAUAACAUAGAAAACUAAUUAUUUUUAGAGGCGAAAUGACGAAUUUCGAAAGUUUUAGUGAAGAUUUAGUACCACGCAUUGUUCCGCAACCAACUUUGCACCCGGUAUUGGAUAUGUCAAAACCAAUCGUUCCCGAAGUGUCUUUAAUUUUUGACGAGUCCAAAAAAUCAAUUGCAAACCAAAUGGUACAGCCUAAAAGUUAUAAAGAAUGGAAACAGCAACAGCAAAUGCCAGUAGCCACGAAGUUUACACCUAACCAAACAUCAACCGCAGAUCGAAAGAAAAUAGUUACAUUUAAUUUACCAAAUGACAAUCAGCCCACUAAAAAUAUGCUACAAUCACCGAUCGAAAGUACUCCCAUGGCUAUUUGUCAACAAUUGGAUUUGAGUUUAUGCGAGCCUAGAAAAAGUAAUGAAGUUAAUCAACAUACGAUUCAGUCCAAUUACAUAGCAGAUGUGCGACAGCAAGACUAUAACCAUUUCAUACAACAACCACAUACCAAUAAACGGUUGGUGGUAUCGCCUCAAAUGAAUUCAGAUGAACAUUACAAAAGGCCAUCAAAUCAAAUGGUCAACCGAAUUACGAACCAAGUGUUUAAUAAUCAAAAUCAAGCCGAAACAAAAGGAAUUACACUGAAUGAUGUGUAUCAACUGCUUCAGAAUAUGCAGUUGAAUAACUCUUCAGAAAACAGCACAGCUAAUAAGGAAAGUAAUCUAAACCAAUUGAAUGGGCACCAUAUUGCUUCAGAGAAACAUCGGCAGAUUGACCAUCUCUCACUGAUACGGGGUACAAAUCAAUCAUUCGAAAACACACCUUCCAGCCACAACGAACCAACGAUGAAGGAUAUGUUCAAUGUGAUUUUGAAGCAACAAGAACAGUUGAUGAACAUACAAAAUCAGGUUCAUGUUCUACUUAUGCGCUCUGCCAAUGUAGCAUCCAAUCAAUUGGAGAGCAGACAUCAUAACAAUAAUCAAAUAAUGGGAGAUGUGAAUGCCAAUAUCAAUCAAAUUGAUUCGCAUGCUAAACAGGUUGGCGUCAUGACAAGCUUGGAAAUCAAUGUGCAAAAUAUUAAACCAAGUGCCAUACAAACCGAUGAAAAUUUUAGUACACCAAAAGCCAAGAAUAAAAUGGCAAUUAAUCAAAAUAUCAAACAGUGUGGGUGCAUGUGCAAUUGUGAAUCACAAAAGCAGUUGCAAUCGCCUGAUUCUGGAAGUAAUGAUGAUAAUUUUGAUACGAGCCCCAGAAAUAGCUCUGACACUCAAGCCGGAUGGACAUUCUAUGGGAAUAUUUUAAAUCAAGUGAAUGACGUGCUGCAAAACACAUCGCCCAUAUCGAGUGCAAGAGGUAACGAACCAAAAAAUCCACAACAAGCGGCCAACACAGAGAAUCGGUCCUACGGCCUGAAUGAAGUUCCCAUUCGACGCACUUCAAAUGUAAUGCCGAACAUCCGGAGCGCUCAAUUCAAACAAGUUGGCUUUCAGAUUGAUGAUGUAAAUAUUUCUGCUAUGACAAAAAGAAUUACGUUUGGUUCAACAUCGAAUGAAAUUCCGCGAACGCCCGCCGACCGUGUGGCUGCAACCGACAACAGUAUGCUGAUGAAUGCACUGGCUAUGAAAUAUCUACCAUGUGAUUUAAAUAAUGUACACUCACCAAAAUUAGCGAAUGGGGUCACUCAAACAACGAUCGCAAACACUCGUAAUGCAACACCAACGAAUGGACCAUCAGUGAAUCGACAAUGUGAAUUAAAUAACAAACAUUCAAAUACCGAUAUGUCAAUGACGAGUUAUCGCUACAUGGAAAAAUACGGCCUACUUUGAUUUGCCACCGGAAUUGCGAUAGUUGAAACAUUGUCUUUAUGUUCGCUUUCACUUUAGACGCUCAUUUGAAUUGUUAUCAUGGAAUGAUGUUGAUCGAUAUAAAUUGUUUUCAUAACGUCCGAUCAGAUGCAAAAAUGUAUCAGUAUUUUAUAUGUUUUAAGUGUUAAAUAAAAUUGCUAAUAAAUGUCACAUCAAUCUAACGAA